AUGUGGAGUGACGAAUAUCAUAAAGUACAUCGAAACACAUUACGUCAUGAUUUACAAAGCAAUGCUCGAGAGUGGACUAGUGAUUAUUGGAAGCAAAAGGCGAAUAUCGCCAUAAAGGAUCGUUUGCAGAGCGGCUGCAGCGGGCACGGAGCGAAGCGAGCGCGCAACGUCGUGCUGUUCCUGGGCGACGGCAUGUCCGUGCCCACGCUGGCCGCCGCGCGCACGCUGCUCGGCCAGCGUGACCACCGCACUGGUGAAGAAGCUCAGCUUUCCUUUGAAAAUUUCCCAACCGUCGGCCUUGCAAAGACGUACUGUGUCGACGCUCAGAUAGCUGAUUCAGCCUGCACAGCAACCGCUUACUUAUGUGGAGUUAAGACGAAUCUGGGAACUAUCGGUGUGAAUGCAGCCGUGCCUCGCGGAGACUGCCCGGCGUCAGCAGACAGCGCUACCCACGUCGAGUCGAUCGGCGCUUGGGCGCUCGCCGACGGCCGAGACGCAGGGAUCGUAACAACGACCCGUGUGACGCACGCGUCGCCAGCGGGAGCCUAUGCGCACGUCGCUAAUCGUGACUGGGAGAGCGACGUUGACGUGUUAAACGAUUCACAUGAUCCCCAAACAUGCCCUGAUAUCGCUUAUCAACUGGUCCAUUCAUAUCCUGGCAACGAGUUUAAGGUAAUUCUCGGUGGAGGUAGAAGAGAAUUUAUACCGAAUGAUACAAUCGAUGAAGAGGGGUCGGCGGGCAAAAGGGUGGAUGGACGAAAUUUAAUUGAAGAAUGGCAAAUGGACAAAAUUUCAAAAAAUGUAUCGUACCAGUAUCUUUGGAAUAGAGAACAGUUACUAAAUGUAAAUGAAAAUUUACCAGAGUAUCUGUUGGGCUUGUUUGAAGGAAGCCAUAUGCAAUACCAUUUGGAAGCAGAUGCAAGAACCGAACCUACGCUUGCCGAGCUAACGGAGACCGCAAUACGGUCUCUCAGCAGAAACGAUAAGGGUUUCUUCCUUUUCGUCGAAGGAGGAAGAAUAGAUCACGCCCAUCACGACAAUAAAGUGGCGAAAGCAUUGGAUGAAACUAUCGAGUUAAGUAAAGCCGUGUCGCGCGCUACCGAGUUGCUGUCUGAGGAGGAUUCCUUGAUAGUGGUGACUUCCGACCACGCGCACGUUAUGUCGUUCAGCGGCUACACGCACCGCGGGGGAGACAUUCUGGGGCCCUCGGACGAAGUCGGGGACGAUGGCAUCCCGUACAUGACGCUGUCGUAUGCCAACGGGCCCGGUUAUCGUCCGCACACUCCCGAAGGAAGAUUCGAUGUUAUGAAGGAUGAAAAUUAUGGUGACGUGAACUGGGUGUCGCCGGCGGGGGUGCCGCUGCAGCAGGAGACGCACGGCGGCGACGACGUGGCGGUGUUCGCGCGCGGGCCGCAGCACGCGCUCUUCGCGGGCCUGUACGAGCAGAGCCACAUCCCGCGCUUCCUGGCCUACGCCGCCUGCAUCGGGCCUGGCCCGCACGCCUGUCAGCACGACACCGCUUAA